AUCCAAUGAAUGCUUUGCAGAACUUGCAAGGUGGCCCUACGGGGAGCUCGAGUGGGAUGAUGGCCACUCGUCCCCCCGGAGUGGCAGGUCUGGGACAGUUGAAUCAAUCAAUGUCACAUCCUGGACAGCCUCAGCCGGCCCAAUUGCAGAUGCAACAGAUUGCCCAGCAGCAGCAGCAGCAACAGCAACAACAGUUCCAGGCACAACAAGCCGUGCAGCAGCAGCAGCAGCAACAGCAGCAGCAGCAACAACAACAGUUCCAGGCACAGCAGCAGCAGAUGAUGAAACUUCAGAUGCAACAGCAACAACAGCAGCAGCAGCAGAGAUUGAUUCAACAGCAACUCCAGCAGCAGCAACAACAGAUCCAACUCCAGCAGCUUCAGCAGUUGCAGUCUCAAACUCCGUCUCAGCUGGUGCCUCAAUCCCAGUCCCAGCCCAUGGUUACUCAGGUGCCAGGCCAGAUGUCAGGCCAGGUUUCCAUGUCUUCAUCCUUAACACAGCAGCAGCAACCAAUGAAGCUUCAAUCUCUGCACCAGGUCCGUUCUCAGUUUCCCCAGGGUCAGACAUCUCAGGCCCAGGCUCAAGCCCAAGCUCAGGCCCAGGCUCAAGCCCAAGCCCAAGCACAGGCCCAGGCCCAAGCCCAGGCACAAGCUCAGGCCCAGGCUCAGGCCCAGGCUCAAGCCCAAGCUCAGGCCCAGGCCCAGGCCCAGGCCCAGGCUCAGGCUCAAGCCCAAGCUCAGGCCCAGGCUCAAGCCCAAAUGGGAGCAGGAGGGCAGGUAAGGAGAGUGAUGAGAAUGAGUUCCAGACAGCCUUCACUGCAUGAGUUGAUUAGCAUGUUGUAUUAUUUCUGGUGGAUUCCUUAUCUCUUUGCAGGGUCCUUGUCUGGAUUGUUAAUUGCACGCAUCGUAAAGCAAGCUGCUUCUAAAUAA